GACUUUAGAACCGGCCGUACCCGCUCCGCCUUGUGUGUUUUAUCUCAUUCACAUUCCAUUAUCGAGGCCCCGCGGCGGUCUGUCAUUGCAAAAUCCGCGCGGGGAAGCCGUCCAGUGUGUUCUUACGCUAAUUGAUGCUAGGAUCGUUAGCAAAAUCUCAAGCAGAACUGUCAGUGGGAUACCCAAUUCAUGUGAAAACAAACAUAGUGGUGUACGAUUUCGAGUUUGAGCCACUGUACGUCAAAAUUGUAAACAACAUUCGAGAAACAAAAACAGCUGUUUUUAUUUCGCCGGCACUUAGCAAAACGAUGAAGUUUUCAUUUGUGAAUUAUAUUUCCUUGUUCAGAGAAUGCUACAAUAGCCGCCAGUAUGUGUGCAUCAAUUGCGGAAACCCAGUUCCGGAACUUUACAGGAAGAUAAGUGCCACAGUUUUGAAAAUUACUGAAUGCGAUAAAUGCCACAACCCAGCGGAUAAAUACAUCGAAUUCGAGGUUCUCAUUAUUCUGAUUGAUCUCGUUCUGCUAUCCAAAGCAGCAUAUCGGCAUAUUCUGUACAAUUCCGAUUGUAAAAAUCUGUGGAAAAUUGGUGUCAUACAGAUCCUACUGGAAGCGUACUGUCUUUGGACAGAGACAUUUAGCAAAUUCACUAAUGUGCGAUACCAAUCGAAACAUGUUGACCCAUUCCUUGCGGAGAAGGGUUUCUAUGUGUCGUCCCUACAUAUAUUCAUUGGAACUGUUCUUCUCUACACAUUUGUUUAUCUGCUGACGAGGCUAUUCCACCGGAUGGACAUUGGAAUGGCUGCUGGAAAAACCUACCCUCUUGCACUAUUGCAGGGAGUCAUACUGGCAAGCAUUAGCAAAUUUUUCUUCAUUCCCAUCAUAAUAUGGAAACAAAACGCCACUGACUCGGGAAUGGCCAUCCAUAUUUUGCUUGUGGUGAUCUACUUCGUGAUUUCCUUAAUCCAAAUUCAUUCCGUGAUCAGCAGCUGCUCGUGGACUAAAUCGGCUGUCAUCGUGCUGUUGGCGUUUUUAAUAAAAACUUACUUUCUCACGGAGAUCAGCUUAGUUCUGAAUGGUUUGAUGUGAA